UAAUGGUUGUUGCCCAUGGUGAAGACAUCAUCGGUUUACAGAAAUAACAACGUUACAUGAAAGAAGUUGAUUACAUGAUGGCAAAAUGACUUCAGCUAUUUUCUCAGCGAUAAAUAUUCUAACAAAACCUCUUGGCGAAGCGUCAGUGCGGGAUGCUCAGCCCUCACACCAGGAGGCUCUCCUGGAGGCGCUCCGGACCAACAGAGCUCUUCUCCAGGAGGAGCUGCAGAGUGAGAGCAGCUUUGCGGAGGUGAGGAGGCUCAGGGAGGAGGUGAUGGCGGCAGUAGACUGGCUCUCCGGCGAUGGAGAUGAAGAUGCCAUAUGGGGCUUUGUCCAGGAGUGUCUCCUACUGCUUCUCACAUUGGAACGACACAUUUCUGCUGAACUUGAACUUUUCAAGCAGACCCCCACUCCAUCUGCAGCUAAACAACGAACCCCUGAGAUGGCUCCACGUUUACCUCCUGACGUCCUCAGUGUCACCCAGCAGAAGACGCUCGGAACAGCUCUUCAGUUUGUUGUGUCUCUGGGGCUCUGUCCAUACUUAGCCCCUGGAGUGGGUGUGUCGUUUGGACGCAGGACAGCGUUUGGAGCCAUGGUUGAAACACUUGUCCGUGGUGCAGCAGUGGCAGCGGUGGGACGGCGGCUUCUUAUCACCACAAAUGUCCUAUUGCAGUUGGCAGAGCUGUCAUCUCUUGCCACAUUGGUGUUCACGCGACACCUCGGGGAUGUGAUGGCAGCAUUGUGCCAGCUCGGCUACCAGCCACGACGGAAAGAGAGUAGCAGCACAGAGCAGGAGAAGAUGCAGGAGCUCAGCGCUGAGGAACGUCAAACUUGCAAAGAGGCCCUUAAAUGCCUUCUAGGAAAAGUCUACCAGCCAAUUGUUAUCAAGGAGCUGCUGAUUCUGCAAGGUGGACCCAAACAGCCUGCUGCAGUGGGGAGCUCCAGUGGUUCUGGCAGCAGGGCAGCUCUGGGAUCAGCUCCCACCUGGCUGAGGCGUUUGUGUGGCCAGCUGCUGUCUGAGCGCCUGAUGCAGCCCGGUGGUGUCCAGGCUGUAGUCAGAGCCAUCUUGGAGGGAGGAACAGGGGGCGAGUCAGACUGGAGGAAAUGUGACAGUGUGGCGAAGAUCCUGGUUACUUGCCCUCAACAGUCUGCCUCAGCAGACACUUACUACAGACAAGUCUGUCCUCAGAUCCUUGACCUCCUGCACUUCAAGGACAAGCUAACAGCCCAGCAGUUCCAGCGAGUGGCCACCAGGGCGGUGCUCUUCACAGUGCAGGAGAAGCCCAGCUUUGCACAGCAGUACUUACUCACUCCUCUGCUCAGCCCGCUCCACUGCUGCACCACUGCUUCCAACGAGGGUGAUUUCCAAGCUGCUGUGGAGGAGUGGGAGCUCACUCGUUGUAUAAAUGAUGUGUACAAGAUCUGGGUGGUUGGAAACAGUCCGUCAUCUUCUCUUCUCAAAGCUCUCGGAGAAAUCCUUCCCGUCAUCUUUACACUCUUCUGUUUCACCAAGCAGAACGUUUGCCACCUACGCGCCCCCUGUCAGGAGAUUUUGUUGUGGUACUUGAGCCACACUGAGACAUUUGCAGCCCUGUCAACACUGAGGCAGCUGUCAGGUCUGCAGGCAUGUGAGAGCGAGGUUGCAGCAGGAUUCCACUUUACACCGGGCAGUGAUGGAGGAGCCAGACUCGGCUCUAGAGAGAGCUGCAGUGAAGAGGACGAUGCUCUGUAUGAGAAGGUGUCAGGAGAGCAGUGGAGGCUGGACUGUCUGAUGCAGCUGCUAGCUGAACUCCCAGACUGUGACCUGCCUGGAGACUUCUUCCUGGCCCUGCUGCAGGAGCUGGCCAGCUGGGCGGCUGCAGAAGACAAAGAAGAGAAAGAUGAACAGGAGUUGGACGUGUCAGCCAUGACUCUCCUGGAGGUGGAGCAGCAGCUGCUGGCUUCAGCUGCGAGACAAGGCCAGAGACUCACUUUGCUUCAGGUGUUGGCUUCCAUGGUCGAGUCUCUGCAGCAUACUUUGCUGUUGAGGAAAACCUCACAGGUGGUAGACUUCAUGGUGUCCCUGCUUCAGAGGGCCUGUGUGGGUCUGGAUCAGGCCACUGGUCCAAAUCCUGGGAACCCAGUGGAGAGCCAGACUCUGAGCAUGGGGAUGGGCCUAGUGGCCACUCUCCUGUCAGAACCUCAGCUCAGUGCAGAGGACUACUCUUCUAUGUCAAAACUGCUCCCUCCACUGGAGACGCUGUCUCAGAAGCACCCUGAGGUGGUCAUCCAGCAGCUGGCAUCCAAUCUCCGAGCUGUCAUUGCCACUCACGGCGCCUACAAGCCAGAAAACUUUACCUUUGAUGCUCAGCCCUCCAGAAACCCUGAAAGGACAGCAAUGCCCAACACUGUCCCUUUUAGGAAUGAGCAAACUAGGCAAACUGAAGCAAACAACUCAAAGACUAGUCCUCAUUCAUCUCCCUCAGACAGUCAUUUACCUAGUAACACCCACAUCAGACAGCCAGCAUCCUCUGGAAGCUCUGCAGGAGGAAGAAGUCCAAAAGGUGGAGGGAGGACCUCUGGUACCAGUAACCCCCCUUGCCCACCUACCAAGCCCCUUUCUGAUUGGCUGUUAGAGGCAUGUGACCCGGAUGUGCCAACCAGAGCGUUCGCUUUGAGGGUCCUGACCCAGAUGGUGCAAAAGAAAAACCCAGAAGCUGUCCAGGCCCAGGAGAAGAUCCUCAUGCUCUUGUUAGAAAAUCUGGAACAUGAAGACUCAUUCGUCUACCUGUCAGCGAUUCAAGGUCUGGCUGCAAUGGCGGAUUCGUACCCAGAGAGGAUUCUGGAAAGACUCUUAAAAGACUUCCAGCAUGGUCCCUCCCUCCCAAAAUCCAACAAGGAGCACUCUCUGGAAACUCGCCUCAAAGUAGGGGAAGUCCUGAUGAGGGCGAGCAGGGCUAUGGGAGAACUGACACCCCACCUCGGCCGUCCUCUGGUCGGCAUGUUCCUGCAAGGAACCAGGGACCCGGACCAAAGUGUCCGGGCCAGCAGCCUGUCUAACCUGGGGGAACUCUGUCAGAGACUGGACUAUGCCCUGGGAACACUGGCUCAAGAGCUCAGCACCUGUCUGACCGCUCUGAUAAAGACAGAGAAGGAGGCAGAAGUGAGGAGAGCUGCUGUCCACGUCAUCACCCUGCUGCUCCGAGGCCUCAGUGACAAAGCCACCCAGGUUCUUAGUGAUGUUUUGCUGGACUUGUACCGUGCACUAAAGUGGGUGGUUCGCUCCGACCCGGAUGACGUCGCGGUGCUUCAUGCCCAGCUGGCUUUGGAGGAGCUCGAUGACGUCAUGAGGAGGUUCAUCUUUCCUGAGCAGAAGCUGGAGAAGAAGAUCGUUGUCCUGCCAUAGAGCUCAGAUUUUAUCUCUGAUAAUGCCUUCAUAGUUUGGACUUACAGAGGAAUUUAUUUUUAUAUGCUCUGCUUAUAGGCAGCACAAGUUCUGCCUCUGUGAGAUGUGGAUUUUAUGGUCAGAACGUUUCAGAGAACGGUCUGUAAUGCAUCUAUGUAUGCUUUACAAGUCUUUCCGUAAAGAAAGGUACAGUGACCCUACUUCAUUGUGUUCUACUACCAACAGCUCACUUCCAAAAUAAAGUUUUAAAAACACA